UUCAGGCAAUGUCAGAGACAGGACCGAGGCCCAGUGUGUGGCAGAGUCCUUCGGUUUCUCUUCCCUCCUUGGAGGUGGGCUGCUGGAUGCUUCUUUUCUUCUUUCUUUGGAGGUUCAGUUAACCAACAGAAGGAUGGAGCCAACAGCACCCAAGUCUCUCGGAGUUUCUGCACGAAUGAAGAGAGAAGCUGCCGGGAAGGAACUUUGGAGCGCGCAGCGGCUGCUGGCGCUGACUGGCGGUGGGGGCGCGGUCUACCUCGAGGUCCGCGAGCUGGAGGAGAAGUGCUUCAUCCAGGAGAUCCCUGAUGGCACCGUUGUCAUAGGAAAAUACAAGACAGAGCUCUAUGACCCAGCUAUGGAAAAGUAUCAGCCCUCCCCGCAGUGGAUCAAUUUGUUCGUGUUUGUGAAGGACCCGGAGAACAAGAACCUUCUGGCCCGUCAGUAUGGCCCUCAGGGCAGCUUCACCUUCACCUCCCAGUCUCCUGGAGAGCACCAGAUCUGUCUUCACCUUGAGUCCAUCCGCUUCGCCCUUUUCUAUGAUGGCAAGCUGACCAUUCACUUGGACAUGCAGCUGGGUGAGCACACCAACGAUUAUGCGGAAUUUGAAACCAACGACAAACUGACCCAGCUGCAUCUGCGUGUGCAGCAGCUGGUGGAGCAAGUGGGGCUGAUCCAGAAAGAGCAGGAGUACCAGAGGUGGCAAGAAGAGCGUUUCCGGCAGACCAGCGAGAGCACCAACCAGCGGGUUCUGUGGUGGUCCAUUCUGCAGACCCUAAUCCUUGUGGCCAUUGGUGUCUGGCAGAUGCGACAUCUCAAGGGCUUCUUUAAAGCUAAGAAACUGGUGUAGAUGGGCUCCCAGAGGCCUAGCCCCCACUCACUGCCCUUCUGCUAACUGAUGGGGAAGGGCACAGCCUAGUUAUCUCCUGACCUCCCUACUCCACCCAACCAGAAAGGCUUCCUUGCAUCUGGCAAGGGGACAGAGAACCUCUUAGAACUGCUUUCUCUGCCAGCACUGGGGAGAGGAUGGGUUCCCAGCUAGAGACAGUUGGGUGGGAGGAGUUAUGUGAAGCUGAGCAGGAGAGGGGAGAGGGUGGCCCCAACCACCUUGUUAAACAGGAUGGCUGAACUAUCUCAAGAUGGAGAAAUAAGAGUGAAUAUAAAUUAUAACCUCAGAC